UUCUAUAAAUCGUCUAUUGCCUAUUGCUAUUAAUAAUGAAUAUUGUCUAUAUAAUAUUGUAUAUCUGUAUUGUGUAUAUCAUUAAUGAAGCAUUAUAACUGGCUAUAACACUUAAUUAUUUGAUUAGAUGAGUGCAAUUAUACCAGACCGCAUUUUAACACUGUUAAAGUUGUGAUAACAUGAACAAAAACAGCAAUUCCACCACAGUUACAGAAUUCACCCUGCUUGGAUUUCCUGGAGUCCCUCUGAAGUUUUACCCAGCUGUUGGACUUCUUCUUCUCCUCGUUUAUCUUAUACUUGCAGGAGGAAAUCUUUUCAUCAUUGCAUUUGUGUUCUAUGAAAAAAACCUCCAAAAACCUGCGUAUUUAAUCUUCUGUAAUCUCGCCGCCGUGGAUUUCGCUUUCGGAACUGCGACCAUGCCCAAACUCAUCUCUAAAUACCUGCUGAGAGAUGAAAUCAUGCCAUUCUACGCUUGUUUUAUACAAAUGUUUUUUAUCCACUAUUUAGGAACCGUCACAUCUUUUAUUUUGCUUGUAAUGGCGAUUGAUCGAUUUGUUGCUAUCUGCAACCCCCUCAGAUAUCCAUCCAUCGUUACGAACCAAUCAGCUUCAGUUAUAUGUUUAAUAUCCUGGGUGAUCCCGGUCUCUUGGGUGACCGUGAUAGUCCACCAAAACAUAACUUUAUCCUUCUGCAACUCCAAUGUGAUUUCCCACUGUUUUUGUGACCGAACCUCCAUAGCUAGGCUGUCCUGUAGUGAUGUGACGCUUUCAAACACAUUUUCCCUCACUGUGGCUUUGAUCGUGCUUUUAGGACCCCUCGCGUUUAUUAUAUUCUCCUACGUUUCCAUCAUCAUAGCCGUCUUUAAAAUCUCCAACGCUCAAGGAAAGUACAAAACCUUCUCCACGUGCAGUCCUCAGCUCCUCAUCAUCUGUCUUUACUUCCUGCCCAGGUGUACUGUGUAUGUGCUGGACGUUACAGUGCAAAUGAAAAUCGACGCUCGCAUCAUGAUCGUUAUUUGGUACAGCCUCUUUCCUCCACUCGUGAAUCCCAUAAUAUUCUGCUUCAGAACGAAAGAAAUCCGAGAAGCAGUUUUGGUAAAAUACGGAAAAAGAAAGAUCAGCGACAAACAAACAGCUCUUUCAGGCUGAGAGUUAUUAGAAGACCUGAAUAUCUGAAUAUCUGUAUCUGUAAAUUUAUAUAUAUAUAUAUA